GCUGGUUCAGUCGAGCUCGGGAACUCUGAACCUGCGAACCUGCUCCGAACGACGUGCCUGCCAGCGACGUCACUCUCCGAAAUCUUGUCGUACUCGCAAUUAUAUUCUUUGUCGCGUUUACCUUCCUCAAAACUUCCAGAACGUGCUAAAAAAUGGCUUCAUCCACACUCGAAGAGGCCAAAUUGCCAGGUGGUUAUUUGGUGACACCGAGAGUGCCUCAGGGCCUUGCAGCAGCGGUGGAGGGUCUUACCAGGGAAGUGAUACGUAAUUCUCCGGAAGAUAUUUACGUAUUCGCGGCUCACCACUUCGAGAAAUUGUUGGAGCUUCGCGAAGAGUGCGGCAGGGCAGACGAAGGAGGUGGAAAGUCAAGGAAUAUGGAGAACAGAACAAAUAACACAUUGAUGGAAAUGAGUCGAGCAUUGAGAAUGCGAGAAAUCGAUCGUGAGCAUGCAAGAGCAACGAGAAAUGCGAUCGAUCAGGUCGGAUGGUCGUUGAAUCAAACGGCAAAGGUAUUAAAGCGUCAUAGGAGUAUAUUCGGCGAUGAAGGACGAAGAAUAACGACCGACGAAGUAUUUCUCAUGGCCGAUCAGAAGAAGAACGAUUCUCAAUCGCUUGAAUCGUCGAAUAAAAGAAUGGCUGGAAAAAAAAGUAGCGGCAGAGAAAAGUCCGGCAGGAACGAUUCGUGGAAAGCUUCGACCAGCAGAACGGAGCGGUCUUUGUCGAACGAGGAUUCAACGGAAAAUGUUACGAGACCGGGACCGAAAAUAAUAACGCAAAUGUCGAAUUUGUCGAGCGGCAGCACCAUGUUGGCGAAAGACAUAAAAACGGAGUUGAGGAAAAAUCGCAUAAGCAGUAGGGAAAGGAGAAACUUGAGAGCGAGACACGAGGAGAUAAACGCGCAGGAAAAAUCCGAGGACAAAGUGCUCAAGUACAGCGGCAGAAGUUCGUCGAAGAAAUUGUCGGAAAAACAGAAAAGGCUUGAGGCGGAAGGUGAAGAAAAGCGAUCGCGUGAGAGCAGCGAACCACCACCGAGAGCGUCCAAAGAUCGUCGCCGUGAAAAAUCCCGUGGCGAAGAUUCCUCGAGAAAAACGGACGAUGAAAAAUUGACGAAACGUGCACCGAGCAUGGACCGGGUGAGAGAUUUCGUGCUCGACAGAUUCGCAACGACGCGAAGUCUCGAAGAGCUCCAGAGUGUCAAUUAUGUGGAAAAAGUUCAGGAAAUAAUCGACGAAACGGGUCCGAUAAUAAAGGAAAAAGUGGAGCAAUUAAAGAGCGGGGUGAUCGGGAGAUCGGAGCGAAGUUCUUGGUUCGCGAAUACGCGAGGGAACCGUGUAAGAGGAUCGAACGACGAAUCGCCGAGUGAAAAAUUCAGGCUGAAAGAAGAUUCGCCGGAAAUUUCAGCGUCGGAGAAUUCUACGAGUGACGCUCUCCGAGCUCGAUUAACGGAAACGAAGAAUCUCAUGGAAAACGUGUCGUCGAGUUUCGCGAGAGCACCGCGUCGUUCGAGGUCGGCGCGUAGUUUCCGACGAUCGAUUAAGAACGCCGAACUUUCGGGGGAUCACUCCAUUUCGAGAGAUUCGUUGACGGAAACGGCGGAUAAUCAGGGCAAUAUCCUUGAGAGGAGGCUCUCCAGAACGCGAGAUUUGAUGGACAACAUAUCGGCCUCGCUAUCAAAACCAAUGAGACGUUCGAGCUCGGCGAAGAAUUUGCGAAAACGCCAGGAAACUGUGGAAGAUGAGGAAGCAAACAAGGACGUUCUGAAAAAGCGUUUAGACGAGACUCGAAAUUUGUUGCGUGGCAUUUCCUUGAGUUUUGGCAAAUCGAUUGAGCAAGCGAGAAACAAAACGACCAUCGAUCCGCAGGAUUCUACCUUCUCAGAGGAUCAAACGAGCUCCAAGUCGAGUUUGCCAGCGGUCCGCCCGAUCUCCACGAGAAAUUCGUCCGGCACUGUGUCGAGAAGCGACUCCGAUAAUCUCGUACUUCCGGCCAUUUCACCGGAAGCUCCGAGAUCCGCGAAAGUAAAAGAGGACCUCGUUUUACCAGUGCUUUCGCCAACGGGAACGGCAUCGACGAACCAAGACUCCAGCAAAAUCCUCGAUACGAACGAUCACGUUCCUCCCGCAGAUUUUGCAAUUUCGGAAGUCCCUGUUGAAGAUUACGUUCUGGAACUUCCGGCCGAGACUCUUUCUCGAGACAGUUUGAACGCCACACCUAAUUUUGAUAGCAUACCACAGAGACCGGAUUCCCUGGAGCCUGCGAAUGACCUCGAAGACGCGCUCGAACAACGUGAAAAAAAGACAACUACGGAUGUCUUUUAUAAUGAAAAUUCAGUAAUUCGUGAUCUCCAAACACCCUCGGAGAUCAUCGGUGACCUCGAAACAAAGAACUUUGAUGAAAAAGACGUUGAAAAUAAAAUUGAACUUCUCGAUGACGCUGAAAACGAAGCUUCAAACGUGAUCGAUGAGCUUGGAGUUGAGAACUUGGAUGAGCACGAACCCGAAACGGAGUUUGAGUCUCCCAGGGGUCUCGAAAUCAAAGCUUCAGAAGCCGAAGAUCUUCGAACAGAGUCUUCCGCAGUCCUUGAACUCUCGACAGCACUUUCAGACGCCUGUGAACACGAAGAAAGCGACGUCGCUCCGGCCGACCUUGAGUCGAGGCUCCAGGACAUCGAACGAGUACAAAAAAGCAUCGAACAAGUAUUGGAGCCAAAAACAACGGUGAGUCAGGAAAAAAUUGAAAGGUUCGACAUGGUUGAGAAGCUUCGAGAGCUCGAAGAAGCCGAAAAACGAAUCGACAAAAUAUUCGACAAGGAGAACCGUGCUGCGAUCGAAGAUCCACGAGAUGGCGAUAAAAUGCCAGUGGAAACUGUCGAGGACUCGCAAAAAUCGGAGGGAAAAGUUCCAGAAGAAAUAAAUACAGAAACGACAAAAUCUGAAUUCACAGAAAUCGAGGAAGGAGAAAAAGAAUCGAAACUCGACGUUGAGCGCUCCGAAAAGUUGUCCGACAGUUUGGGAAUUACUUACUCGCCGGAACCUUUAAAUUAUACUUACGUUCUGACGGAGGGCUCUCCCUACGAAAUCCCGGACACAGUCACAACCGUAAUUAUUCCUGAGAGACUCGUCGAAUCGCCAUUGUCCGAAAAGCUUCGCGUUGAAAUUGGAGACGAAGCGGAAGUCGAAUUAUCCUUGAUUCCGGGUGGAGAAUCUAGAGCAGAGUCAAUCGAAGAGAUCGCAGAAAACGAGGCAAAUUCGAUCGAAGCUGAUCGAGUGAAAGAGGAAAUGAAAGAGAAGAGGCAAGCGGGUCGGGAAUUUCUUACAGAAGAUCCGGAAGAGAAUGUGGAGACCGGCGAAAAGACCGAAACGAAAAAAGUCCGUGAAGUGGUGGACGACGAAGACGAGCCUUCGCCGAAGAGUCGCUCGGAUCCCUUCGGUGAGUUUGUCAGGCCGGAAACUCUCACGGAAACUUCGUCGGACAUAGAAUUCAUUCGGGGGAUUGAGGAUUUGCAGAUUCCUCGUCAAGAUCUCGGGCCCAUAAACGAGGAAGUGUCCGAGGAGAUGGAAGAGCUCACGGAGAAACAAGACGCGAUGGAAACAUUGAGAAACGUCGAAAAGCUCGAAGAAGAGAGAGAAGAAACGUUGGAAUUUGGGGAAAUUGAGAAGCCAGAGGGGAAAGAAGGCCAGAAAGAUUUGGGCGAAUCGAGGAUAGUCGAAUCGGACUUGUCGCCCGAAGCAACGAGACCGAACCUUAACUCGGAAUCAUCGAACGAAGUUAAGGAAAGUAGCGUCGCCGACGAACCCCUCGAAUCCACCAAAGGCGAUAAUUCAAUCGACGACGAAGCGAGCAGCGCGACAAGAACGCCCGAAUCUUCCAACGAAAUAAAAGAAACCACUCUGACCGACGCUCUGAGUUUGUCCCUCGAUGCCACGAGGCCAUUCGUGCCCGAAUUGAAUCUCGACUCGCUCCAGGACAUCACCGUCUCGUCGUUCAAAAUGACCGAGGACGAUUACGAGGUUCAGGAACGUGGCGAAAACGAAAGCACCAACUCCAUCGCCGACACUCUCACUUCUGACGAUAAUAACCGUACCAACGGUGGAUUCGUCGAGGAACCUGUCCUCGACGAAUAUCUCGUAUCGCCUUCCUCAACGACCAAAUCCGACGAGAAUGCGGCCAACGAGAAGGAACAAGUUGUGGAAGAAACGAUCGUCAAGAGCCAGCUCGAAAUCGAGGAAGACGUUUGCGAAAAAGCUCACGCUUACGUGACUGGACCAUGCGAAACGGGAGACGAUUCUUCAACCGGCGAAAAAAUGCUUCUAGGCAUGGAGGAGAAAGAGAAUGAAAAGGAGGCAGAGCGGGUCGAGGAAAGUGAGAGUACAGAGUCGCUCGCUGCUCCGUUAAAAACGGAGAGCGAAAAUGUUACAAAAGUUACUAAAGAGGACAUUCUAACCACCGAAUCCGGAGAUGGAAGAAUCGAAGAAGACACUGAGGAUCAAGGAUUCGUGGACAUAGAAAGGAAUGAAGAAAUGGGCAAAGAGCAAGCGAACGAACAUGAACGAACUUCAAACGUGGAAAAAGAAGACAAAAGUUUGUCCGAUGAAGAAACAACGAGGUCAGAAAAAUUCAUUGAAAAUGUAGAAAUUAGUGAACAGUUGCAAGAAGCGGAAACAGAGUUGACGAAAAUUGACGAAACACUGCAAUCGCAAGGUUUGGACGAGGAUGUCAGUAUCGAAAGUGUACACUCUCGAAAGGAAGAUGGAAAUGCCGAGUCGCCAACGCGUAUCGAAGAAGAGCCUGACGUUAGGAAAGCUGACGAGAGCGUUGAUCGUUCGAACGAAAAAGAAGUGGAUAAUAUAAAAUCGGAAACUGCCGAUACCGAACCGCGUGAAAGUAUCGAUGCUCCGGAAGUGGAAAAAAUUGAUGGACCGAAAUUGGAUGAAAUUGAGACCGAGGAAGCUGGCGACAUUGAUAUGCCCGAAACAGAAGAAAUCGACACUUCGAAAAUGGAAGAAAUCAACGCUGAGAAUAAUGAAUUUAUCAAUGAUGGAGCCUUUUCUCCACAGGCGAGCGAUGACUCCGAAAGGGAAGAAAUCGAUUUAAAAAAUACUGAGGAAAUUGAUAUCGUAAAAAAGGAAGAAAUUGCUAGCGAAAAUCUGAAUGGAGCCGACGACAAGGAUUUGCCUAAAAAGGAAGAAACGACUGCGAACAAGGAAGAAAUUUAUACGGAGAGCAUGGAAGAAACUGGUGUUGGGAAAAGGGAAGAAACGAGUGCGCCGGAAACGGAAGGAACCAGUGCCGAGAAAGAAGAAGAAGAAGAAAAAGAAGCGAUAGUCGACCCCGAGUCUCCGAAGAAAGGAGUUUCAGAACAUUGCGAAGUACAAAGUGUAGAAAGUCCGAAAAAAACCGAAAGUCCGGAAAAUGUUGAAGCUGGGGCGGGUGAGGGUGAGGAAACCGACGUGAGUUACGGGGAAGAAGAAACGCCAUUGGCGGUUUCGAGGUCCGCGAGUCAAUGCACAACGAGGCGAGUGAGUUCAGGAAAUCUUGCGAAACUUCGAGAAGACCCAGCGCUCAGUUGGACCGAAGAGACCGAGCGGGAGAAGGACAAGAGCGAGAGUGAUCCGGGUUCGUCGAAGGUCACAUUUUCGGGAAUCGACGACGAGGCGACGAACAUAAAAGCCGUCAAAGAAAAUUAUGAAAUCGUCGUUAGUCCGAAGGGCGUCAAGCAAGAAAUUGACGAAGCUCGAACGACUAAGGACAGCAGCAAAGAGUGUCAUGUUUACGUGCCGGAAGUUGACGCGAGUGAGGACUAUUCGACGAGUGAGAGCAGCACUUUCGAUUCGGCUGUGACCAAAAUUCAAGCUGGCGUCCGAGGUUUCCUUACGCGAAGACGACUUCUGCGAGGCCAACAAAACCGCAGCUCAACCCUGAGUGGCAUACCGUCAAUUCAGGAUAGCAUAGCAAUCGACGAGCCGGAUUCGGUGGACGAUCGAGUUCUCGAAGCCUCGGAGGAAAAAAUAACGAGGCCCGAAGAAACGUCGACAUUCGCGCCACCAGCUUUGGACAAUGAUUUCGUGGACGCUGCGACUAAAAUUCAGAGCAAUUACCGUGGCUACAAGGCCAGACAACGGUUGCGCCGCGAGGAUGCCGUUCAGCGGACAACUUUUUCACUGGAAAAAUCGUUCGCUGAGAGUGGCCUUCGACACACGGGAGAAUUUUACGAUUGCAUACCCUUGCCCAUUCACGACAUUACGCUCGAAAGAAAAGCAUCAAAAUCGUUGGGGAAUUUGAUCGGCACGGAAAAAUCUGACGUUUCUGCGAGCGGUGAAUCUGAAAAAAUGAACGACGAUAAAUCAACUUCGCCGCCGUUGAAAUCCGACGACAUCGCGACCGAAUCCUCCGGCCCUCUCGAUCCCGCAAAAGUGUUUUUCGGUGGAACACCAAUCGCGCCACUGAUACAAUUCAACGUGAGACCGAGCGGCAGUCAACUCGUAGACUUGGUUGUCCUCGCUAAGGAAGAUGCCGCGUUGCAAACCGGAUAUUUGAACUUUAUAACGAGCGUCGAAGACGCAGAAGCGAUCGUCGUUCCAGGAGAAGUACCCUUGGCUCCGACCAAUUUCACCGUAGACCAACCCAAUUCGAAUGAGAGUCUGAAAGAACCGUUGGCGCUUUCGGACCCACCGAUUGGCCUCAUAAUCGAAGAGAUUACGAGCUCGAUUGACGACAAUGCAGAGAAACUCGAUGAGGAAAACGACGAAACAAUGCCGUCGACGAUUCCCUCUUCAAUUGCACCGGAAGUGCUCGAGGAGUCGUUGAACUCUUCGACUGCACUUAACCUCUCCGCAAAGGUUGUUUCAGGCUCGAUGAAUAACGCUCAUCAAUCCGACGGCGAUACUUCCGAUCGGUCGGAAGUUGAGGAGCACCGAAGCGGAAACGAGGCAGCAACAAAAAACGAAAAUUUGACCGAGUCUGGGAGGGAAAUGAAGAUGGAAAAAAGCAUCGAGCACGAGAAAGAAUCCUCGAUAAUGAAUUUCCCAGUCUUCCACUCUCCAAUGGGACGUUCUUCCACCAAAGACGAGGAAUUCUUGGGUCCCGAGAGUUCCGUCGACUCGAUGGAGUGUCCGGACGUGCAAGCUCGAACAAGCGUCGCUCCCGGUUCUCCCGAACCGAUGAUCGGUGAAUCUGCGUCGACGGUACGAGGGCCAGGAGACCCUGAAGCGAAAGAAACUUCCCCGGAAAGAGGCUCUUCAGAUCGCUCCGGAAUAUCGGAAAAAAGGGACAAGGAAGAAUCCCUGGAUUCAAACGUCGAGGACAGCCUCCCUUCAAAAUUGUCUUUCUCCAUGAAAGUCGAAGAUUUGCUUGACGUAGGAUCGGAGGACGGUAUCGAUUUACUCGGUAAGAAGCCCUUCCGGGAGGUUUCCUCGAAGCCUACCGAUCUGAGGAAAUCGAUGAGCCUGUCGCAAGAGAGCCAAUUGGCCGAUGAACGAAUCGAGUCACCGAUUACGAUGAUACAGAUCGCUCCUGGGAGUUCGGAGUCACCGAAACAAGAGGAACUUUCCGAAAAUGCUGAAGAGGAAAAUAAAACGAAUGAGAAAAGCGUCAGUAGUCCGAAUUCAGAAAGAUCUGACAAGAAAUAACGAUCGAAAGCGUUUGAUUAAGGACAAUCGUAGUUACGUGAGAUUAUAAAUAUUUGUAGAAUUGAAAUGACGGCUAAUUAAAUGAGAAAUGGUGAUUUGGGUAAUCGGCAACUGUUCCCAAACGUCUUUUUAUUCAUAAAGUUGUCGAUUCACGUAGAAUUUUAAACGCCAAUUUCCUGACACAUCCUCCAAGUUCGAUGAAGCAUGAAAAAUGCAAAGUGCCCGUUGGGUCAUCGGCACACGUGUGUUUGAGAAAAUUUUCUCUUUCGCAACGAUGCAUCGCUAGUUUUCUAGAAGAGGAAAAUAAGGAGAAGCAAGAAGAAGUCAAGAAAGAGAUGACAUUGACGUAACGCAUGUUCGACUAAUGAGAUAAUCUUGCCAAAGAUUGAGGCACGUCGGUAUGGAUCAGUAUCAGCUAAACUAGGAUACAACUUGUUCGCAGCAUAUCUUUACGUGGUGUUUGCUGGCAACUCGGAUCGUAUGAGCCAGCACUCGAGUGGCUUUACUCGUAAAGACACUACACGGCGUCUCGAAAGUUAUGCUUCCAAAUUCAGAAGCCAAACCAACGACGAGAUCCUUGAAACAGAAGUCAUUGGCCGUUUUCCUCUUCGAUGUAUGGCUGACGAGACACCCGAUCCAAGUGGGAAUUGGCUAAUCCGGAUUGGUCGUCUCCAGUUUCGAUCGAUGCCUCAUCAACGGUGCCGCAUUACAGAAAAAAAUGCUCAACGACUUUCCCCUUCAGAAUUUGGAGAAGCGUCUAUUUUCAAGGCGAUCCGAGUAUUUCGAGAUAAAGAAACUCGAGUAAUCGUGCAUUUUC